AUGGCUAAAUGGGGAGAAGGGGACCCUCGUUGGAUUGUCGAGGAGAGAGCUGAUGCGACUAAUGUCAACAACUGGCACUGGACCGAAAGGGACGCAACGAAUUGGUCAUCGGAAAAGCUUAAGUCUUUGCUUCUGGGGCUGAGCGUAGAGAGUGAAGAGGGGAGUUGUGAAGUGACAGAAGUCAGCAAGGUGGAGGGAGAAGCCUCAAUUAACAACCGCAAAGGGAAACUUAUAUUCUUUUAUGAAUGGAACCUAAAAGCCACUUGGACUGGAAAGUCGAAAAGUGGAGUCAAGUAUAAAGGAACGAUUGAAGUUCCAAACUUGUCAGAUGAAAAUGAUAUGGAGGAUCUGGAUAUUUCCGUGUCGUUGAACAAAGACGAGCCCGAAACGGCGCUGAUGAGCCUGAUGAAAACCAAGGGGGCAGAGAAAAUCCGUAUUGCGCUGGGGAGUUACGUUGGGUUUCUAAAAACAGAAUUCACGCAAGGCAUGAUCCUGCCAACAGCUAACGGCGUAGCCAAGCCUCAGUCCACCUCACAGUCCAAAGCCAAGCAGGAUAAAACUCAGAUUUCCUCCUCAAGCUGCACAGCAACUCCAGUUAACACUGGUGUCAAGAUCCCUACCUGUAAAUUCAGCAUAAAAGACAAGUUUCGAACCUCCCCUGCUGACCUCUACAGAGUUUUUGUCAACCAGGAGAUGGUGCAGGCGUUCACCCACAGCUCUGCCACAGUCGACGGAGAGAAGGGCGGGAAGUUCCGUCUGCUAGAAGGGAAUGUUUUCGGGGAAUUUACGGAGCUGGUCCCCGAUGAGAAGAUAGUUAUGAAGUGGCGGUAUAACAACUGGCCCAGUGAGCAUUAUGCAACAAUCACGCUGACUUUCUUGGACCGGUGCAGCGAGACCGAGCUGAAGGUGGAGUGUCGAGGAGUCCCGGACAGCCAAGAGGAGCAGACAAAAGAGGGCUGGAAGAGAUACUACUUUGAGGCUAUUAAACAGACUUUUGGUUAUGGAGCCCGGCUCUUCUGA